AUGAUUUAAAAGAAACUUAAUGUUUUGGGAUUAGUAAAUGAUAAUGAAUUUGAAUAUAAGAGUAAAUUUACUCUAGAAUAAAGGUAGGGAAAAUAUUAGAAAGUUAUAAAUAAUUCAUGUGAGAGAAUCUUGGUUGUUUUGGAAAAACAUAAAAAAGCAUAGAUUUAGAAAUAAAAUGGUAAAUCGAAUCAAUAUUAAUUGUAUAAAUAUAAUAUAUAUGUAUAUUAUAGAUUUGCUAUAAAUAAAAAUAAAACUUUGGUUGAAUUAAUGCAUUAUGUAAAAUAAAAUGUUGGAAUUGAUGUUUCAGCAAGUAUAUUUUUAUAUUGCAAUAAUUAAUUACUAAUGAUGAGAUGUAAAUAUUUCAUAUAUAUUAUUAGCUGAUAUAACUGUAGGUAGUAUUUAUGAAACAUAUAAAAAUACAGAAGAUAAACAUUUAUAUAUAAAAUAUGCUAAUUUUGAAACAUUUGGUUGA